AUUUUAUAUGCUCAAUUAAUUGAUUUACAAUAUUUGACCUUGUUUUUUGAAAAUCUGUUUUUUUUUUUUUUUAUAAAUCUCAAAUUUUGCGACAGAAAAAUUACCAAUGAAAAUUUGCCUUAAAAGUAUCCAAACAAUAAAAUGACAUCUUAACAGCUGAUUAAAUGUCUUGUUUAUGAUUAUCUUAAUUAUAAAUAAAUAAAUAUAAUAUUGAUAUAACAAUUAUAAAAUGGAAGAUUCUGCAAAAGUUAAAAAAGCAAAAGCACAUGCUAAAAUUCGUGCUGCAAAAGCUGCAAAAGCUGCAAAAAAUGUACCAGUUGCAAUAUUGUUGAAGAAAAAAGCUGAAUGUGAUGCAAAAGCUUUGAAAAUUGUUGAAAUGAUGACAGAAAAAAAUAUUGAUGUUAAUUGGAUGCUUGAAAAUUUGGGUUGGUUGAAUCGUAGUCACUUGGAGGACAUCACUGAGGAACGAGCAAUCGUAAAAUUAUGUGGUUAUCCACUAUGUGAUAAUGCUCUGACAAAAAUAAUAAAUAGACGUUAUCAAAUAUCGAGAAAUAAACUUUAUGAUGUUCAACAAACAAAAAAUUAUUGUAGUCACAGUUGUUAUUUAUCAACAAAUUAUCUCAUAAAUCAAAUGCUAACAAGUCCACUUUGGCUACGUGAAGAAGAAAAAAAGCCAAAAUUUAAAAUUCUUGAUAAAAAAAAAUUACGUGGUUCAAGUCCACCUGGUGUUGAGAUCAAACUUGUUACACUUGAUUUACCACCUGAUUCAGAUGAAGAAGAUGUACCUGAAAAAACACCAACACCAUCAAAUAAUAUAGAUAAUAAUAAAGAUAAAAAUGAACCUAAAUUAUCAUCAAAACGUUCAUUUGAAUCACAAAUUGAUAAAACUGAUGAUGAUGUUAAUAAAAAUGAUGAAAAAACUUUGAAAAAUGAAUGUAAAAAAAUGAAAAAAGUUGUUAGUUUUGGUGAAAAUGAGGUGAGAGAAUUUGAGACUAUUAAAACAGAUGAUAAAAAUAUUCAUGAUGAAGAUGAAGAUGAUGAUGAUGAUGAUCGAGAUGAUAAUGAUAAUGGUUGGUUUGAAUUUAAUGAUGAUGAAAAUUUAAAUGAAUCAUUAGAAAAAAUGGUUAUUGAUGAUAAAAUUGAAACUAAUAAAACAACUGAAAAUCCAAUAGCUGUUAAGUCAAUAAUUAAAAAAACUAAUGAUAAUAAUCAUGAUAAAUUAGAUAGUAAAUAUAAAAGUAAUAAAAAUACUAAAAAAUUAGAUAAAAAACAAAAAAAUAUGUCAUUUGAAUCAUUAGUAUCACAUGUUGAAGAAAGUUUUACACAAUGGAUAACUGAUGAUACAAUAACAUUUCUUCAUGGUGAACCAUUAUCAAAACAACAAGUAAUUGAAAAAGUAACACGUGAUGAAAAAUUUAAAGAAAUAUGUAAAAAACUAGACUUGAUACAAAUUGAAGAAGAAAAAGAAGCUCGUAUGAUGACGAAAAAAACAAUAGAAAUGAAACCAUUACCUGAUUAUGAUACACUCAAAGAAGAAUCUAAAAAUAUUGAUUUAAAAGUUAAAGCAUUUUAUCAAGGACAAAUUGAUUUAUCUGAAUUGAAAAUUAUUGAAAAUAAAAUUGAAAAACAAAUUGAUGAUAAAACAAAUGAUACUGAUGAUUUAUUUGUUCCAUUGACUGAUGCCAAUGAUGCAAUUGCAUUGAGACGAAGAAUUUUUUUGAAUAGUUUAAAUCGUGUUGUUCCUGAUUUACUACAAACACUUGCUGGUCCAGAUAUACAUUAUCUCAAUAGUCCAGACAGAAAAACACUAAUUAAAACAUUGAUUUAUACAUUUAAGCUAACAGCAUCAAAUAUUUCUUUCAAAACAACUGAAUGGAAUCUUGUUGGACUUUUAAUCAUCAAAAUGCUUGGUGUGAUUGAUCCAACAAUAAAAAAUCUUUUAUCAAUGAAAAAAGCAUCAACCUACAUCUCAAUGAUUUUGACUAUUUACAAUCUUAGCUCAAAUUAUCUUGAUAUUCUUGUAUCAUCAUUAACAUCACCAAGAAAUAUUACAAAUUGA